AUGGAUUCAACGCGAACAAUAUCCGAAUUGAAGUCGACCUUCAUUUGGAACCAGGUCCGGAUUCUCUCCGAAAACCUCGAACCCCCAGAGGAUUGGAGAAACUAUGCAGUGGAGACCGAAGAUGGAGCCCUGCCUGACAAGGUGAUCCAGGACGUAUUGCACAAAGUCAAUUGGGAAGCCAAGCAACAUAAUCGUGUGGUAUAUCCUUCCCAGGCAAUUCACCAUGUCGCGCACCAAAUUGCCAAUCUGUACUGGGCCUCUGUCAGUCAAGAGAUUCAGAGCCGAGCUGCAUUUGCGAAAGGAGUCGAGAAAACAGCAGAUCUAUCGAGGCACAUGAACAUUGUCAAUUUACCCUUAGAUCUAGAGUCGCAGGGUGCCAACGACGAGCAAAAUGCACGAUACCAGCAUCUUCGGGAACGACUGGCCAGUCUAGAUCAGCGGCGGCAACAAAGACAGCGACGACGCGAUCAGCUUCAACAUUUGCAUCGCUUACUUGAGCCGUUCAAUGACCCACAACAAGAUAUUCAGCCUAAUUUGGUCACGCGCGAUGGAGAUUUGGCGCAGGAACUAGAGAAGAUGCGUAUGCUGGUCGCUCGAGUUGGAGGUCGGAUUGCACAGCAGAAACCUGGUGGGGAGGUCUCAGGUGGGGAAGAAUACUUGCUUCCAGGGUCAGAUCGCAGAGUGGAAGCUCUUAUGGACUUGGAUGCCGUCUUCCAUGGGUUUGCAGCAGCAUCAGCAGGUGCGAUUGAAGAGACAAAGUUCACGGGUUCCUUUGCAAUUCAUUCCGUCUCCGUCAUCGACUCGAUUACACCUACAUCCUAA